AUGGUUGAGAAGUUCAGGAACACUGUUGACAAUACUCCAUUUCAGAGAAAUCAGGUAAUGCUACUUCCCGUGGUAACUGUGAGACAAUAAUUUCAAGUAAAUGAGGGCAAGGGUGAAAGAAGUUGGGCUUUUAAGCAAUAACUCGGAUAAUUCUGGGAACUCAUAAAACAGUUGUUUAAUUAAUUACGUGAUGAGUAAAGUGAGAAAAUCAAUAAGUGAGCAACAUGUGCGCAGAUUUCAUGAGUUGCAAGACGAUCAUUACGAAAUGGUGACUUUGGUUGUAGCUUUUCAAGUCAUAUAGGGACUGCUGAGAAACAAUCAAUUCAAAAUCUCACGGAUAACAGAAUUUUUGUUGUUGUUUCAAGUACAAUUAUAAAUUCCUUCUGCCAGUUUCUUUGCCACCAUGUUAUAUUGUCUGUUCAUACUUUACGAAAGUUCACUGGAGCUGAUUAUGGUGGUGAUAGUAAGUGUUUACACCAGAAAAGAAAAAGAAACCGGAGAUAACCAAAUAACAGACUUUUCAGAAUAAAAUUGCACUGUUGCAAGAGACACCAGUACACGGUAUGCGAUUACAGUCUUUUAAUUUAUAAGAUAGACAUUGUCUAUUGCAAUAAUGUUGCAACCGUGUUGCCAGCCCGAAAUUUUCUUUAGCAGACAAACAGAUAACACCUGAAAGGUCUUUAAGCUCUACAAAAUUCCUUGAGAAGGUACUUUCCUUGGUGAAAUUUUCCAUAACAACAUAACUCUGUUGGCUAAGUUUAUUCCUCUCUGAAGGUCACAACUUUUGCUGAGUGAAAGACUGUUUACAUUGCACAUGGCUCUACACCAAAGGAAUUUUUCGUGGCCGAAGUGAGAACAUUUAGCUCCUUUGUGAUUUGGGUAUUGACUUCCGGCGUCAACAAACAGGGUGGUUACUUUUGUACUUGAGAGGAAUACAUCAAGGACCUUCGAUAAACUUCUGCUCGCGCAAAUCUUAAUUCUAAAAAAUUAAACUUGAUAAAAGUGGUGUACUUGAUCAUUUAAAACAAUGGCUAUUAUUCCUUUCACCGUUUGCAGUAGCCCUGCUGGCCUGUGCCACUCAUUAGUCUUUAUGGAAAGUGUUAUUGAUGGUUUCACCAUCUCAUCAUCACACGUCAGCCAUAGAGUCACAUGUUAAUCGACCAGACUAAAAUGAAUGAACAACGAUCAUUUGACGAGGCCAUUUCAACUGCGUUUUCUCUGAUAAUUUUUUCUUUUAGAAAACGACAUGUUCGAGUUUAUUGUGCGCGGAUUAUGGACUUAGUUUUUAUAAGAAUUACUACACAGUAGCUAUAGUUACAAAGCACUUACUCUUGCCACAAUAAAAUAAACACUUCAAAGGUGUAAAUUAGAUUUUCACUUGAGCCAAAGUAUUCGCCUUGAGGGCACAAGUAAGCUCUGAGUAAAUAAAGUUCUUUAAUGGGACUCUUUUCCUUAUCCGGUCUGAAUUAACUCAAGGCAUAAUUAUUUAAUUCAUCUCAGUGGCUUUAGAGCUUUAUUGCAUCUGCUCAUGGACGCAUGUAUCGCGGCAGUGAGAUCUUUCACUCAUCCGGGUCCACUUGUACUUUAGACGUGAGUAUUUUACAAGAACAAGAAGUGUUUCUCACAUCAAAAUCACCUCACAAUCAUAUCGCCGGUUUUGGAGCUUAAUUUCGCCGGUGAGAAAUACUGAAUUGCAUUGUGAAAAAAGCGCUGAAUAAGUCGUGUUCUUAGAGAUCACUUAGGGUUAAAAUUAAUUCAGUGAGUAACUUGUUCAAUUAAGCUGUCAUCAAGACACACAAAUAUCAUUUCGAUUAAAUUUUCCACAAUAGGAUUAUAUCGUGAUUAAUGUGUAGCCUUGGGAGGGGGGUGGUGGACAGUUGGACAGCCUCUAAGUGAAUUGAAAAUGUGCUGGUAUCACUAAGCCGAUUGUAAUGUAAGAUUUUAUCCAUGAUGUAGAUCAAAAUUUCUGUUUCUUUCAUUAUGAUACUUAGACUCUUAGAGUAAUAAUGAUUUUUCAACAGAAGUUACGCAAUUAAAUCUUCUCUUUCACCGGUAUCUCCUUACAUCGAUUAUACCAUCCCGGAUAUUGAAAAAAGGUUGAAAAUUGUACUCGACGAUACAAUGGAUUCUGAAAUUUCAGGGCCAGGUGGUAAUGACGAUUUUGUUGUUGUAAAAACAGUAACAAAAAAAGAAAAAAAAAGGACUCCAGCCUAUUUUUAAGCAGUCGUUUUUUUUUUCUACUAGCGACGAGAUAUUGGUAAAAGGAUCGUGCCUUGGGUGAGGACCUUUCGUCGACAUUUCAAAUUUGGCCUCGAAUUACGAUUAACUGCCUCUUUGCCUAAACGUUCCUUUUGACAAACAUAUUGUUAGUGACAUUGCAUCACUUGCUAAGUCAGAGUCAGGCAAAGUUGCACGUGCGUACUAUUAGCGUAAAUAAGCAUUCUCGCAACUUUAAUCAAAAAACAACUAGUUGGUAAGGCUUUACCUUCAUCUUUGGCAGAGCCCUGUUUCGAUGAUGGAAAAAUCUAUGUCCGUAUGUUUUUGUACACCUGUAGUUUGUUGAAAAUAGCCUAACACUUCCCGCCUCCUCUUGACAGUCACAUGCUUGAAGACUUUGGUAUAAGUUUUACGCUUUGUUCGGUUUAACUGUUUCAUGUUUUUUCCAUUUUAGCUUCCAAUCGAAAUGGUUCUUAAUUGCAAAUAUUUUUGUUUUUACCCUUCAUAAACUAAAUCAGACAAGGCGCCUUGUCAGGAAAACGCUGAUUCAUUUCAAAGUUACGAGGACAGAGGUACCAAGCACGUUGCUGUGGAGGAAACCAUGUUGCCAAUCUUCGAGUUUAUUGACGAAAAUGUAAUCGGGGGCAAGACAAGUUUUGAAGGACCUUAUGGGCAAAGAAGAGGUAUGUUACGAGGACACAGAUACUGUUAAAAAAAAAAAGUUAAAACAAUAUGCAUUUUUGUAGAUGUUUGUUAACUGUGAUUGUCCACAUUUUGGAAAUCGGGUGUAGCUUGUCAUGACGCCGACCUUAAUGAAAGUGAGAGCCCACACAGAAUACAAACAUAUAGGAUGUUCUAAAUAUAUAAAGAGGAAACAUUAGCUGAAAUUCAUGUAUAUAAAUUGCUAAAUUAUUUAAUAAGUGACUGAUGCGCACAAUUUAUACAGUAGAAGGUUAUUAUAAAAUAUUAUAGUAUUAAACGUAAUCUGUGCAUUUUAUUUCUCUCAUUAGUUAUCUAUUGCGAUUACACCGCGUCUGGAAAGUAAGUUAAUAACAUUUUGCCCGGCUAUUAUAGAAAAUAUCUGUGUAAUAUCUAUGUGGAAGACAGUAUGGUUGACUUUUGGUGGCUGGAUAAAACCACUGUUUAAUUAGAAAACAGAAAUCAUGUGAGACACCUGCAGUCUAUUCUUAUUGGUUCUUGGUUUCCUUAAUGAUUUGAUUUAGCACCAUCCCUCCAAUAAGCGCCUACUCCCCCCCCUCCCCGCCCCUAUUCUAAUAUGCGCCUUUAUCGAAUAAGUACUGUUAUUCCAAUAGGCGCCCCCGUUCUGUUUCCCUAACAGCACUGUUAUAGUACAUAUACAUCGAGAUAAACCGUGGUUCCUUUAAUUUUAAUUGCCUUUUAGAGCCUCACAACAAAAGUGGUGGUCUUUGUCUCAGUCUUUCAACUAUUAUGUCCCCGUGAAUGUACGGUUCCUUCAAACAAUAGAUUCCGUUUCAAAAUUUUGCGACGAUUGCUAGGCUAAGGACAACACGUUCGUUUUCCAACCUUCUUUAACCUUUUCAAGUAAAUAUCAAAGGUUGCUUCACAUUCUCAAAAAAAAAACAAAACAAAAUUAAGCACCCUGUUUCAAAAAAGGGCCCUCCCUUGAGGUACCAAAAGUAAAUCAGCGCCCCGUGCGCUAAAUGAAUCACUACGGUAAUUUGAUUUCACGUUUAUCACUUGUCACUAGGCCCCUCCGAUUUAUCGAAAGGUACAUAAGGGAGUUUGUUUAUCCCUUUUACGCCAACACGCACACAACUACGAGUGUGACGUCACGACAAACAACAAGAUUUAGACAGGAAGCACGGUAAGUCAGUCCGCAAAAACAAUAACAUCAUCGGCUGCGUAAGACUGAGUAAGGGCAAUUAACUUAACAACUUUGCGUUGCAAAUCCAUUUUAAUUGAGAUUCCAUCAUUACGCACUGGGGAAGCCUUGAGUGCUCUGAAAAGUUGUCUUUACUGAGUGCUGAUUGUCUUAGAAGUGAGGGAAAAAAGCAGAGCUAUCGUCAAAUGAAAAAACAAAAGCGAACUGCACAGCUAAGGAAAGGUAUUCGACGUCGGAAUAAAGAGUGCAGUUUUGACAAAUGAGGGAAACCCGAGACAUUAAAAUUCCUUGAAGCAUAGCUAAAACAAUUAGAAGGGUUUAAAACUGCCCUGCCCUCGUUUCUAGAAAUAUGGACUAAAGCAUGUUGAAUUAACAGAAUAUUGUGAGUUUUUUUCACACCUCUUCACGUCGCUUAAAAUAUAACAACAGCUAAUGAGCCAUAUGAUGAUAAUUACUGCAGGGAAAUCAUCAAGAAGUGCGUCAAUGCCGGGCAAGACGAUGUAGUUGUGUUUACUGGUAGUGGAGCUACUGGAGCUAUCCAUAAAUUAAUCCAUGCUCUACAAUUAACAGGAAAAGUUGUUGACAAAACCGUGAGUACCCAACUGAACAUUUUUGGUCCGUUUGUCUCGGAUUCAACGUAAGAUACAGAUUUGGCGUCCAUUUUCGGCCCUUUUCUCGAGCAUUUCGAUCUUUUCCUUCAAACAGGUUGUGUUCGUCGGUCCGUUUGAACAUCACUCAAAUAUCUUACCGUGGAAAGAAACAGGAGCGAAGGUAGUCUAAUUUUUGUCGAACUAAGAAAAAAAAAAUCAUAUACUAUAUAGUUGUUCAGUGGCUUUAAUAUUUAUCAGCGGUAUGGCCGUCUUCCACUGAUGAAUUUUUUUACGCAGUGGCCAUCAUAUCAAAACCAUUCAGGACUUUUUUCUAACUUUGACGUGUCCUUAGACAAAUAUUAUUCUUUCAUUAUAGAUCAUCAGAAUACAUGAUAACGACCAAGGCACAGUAAAUAUGAAGAUGCUUGAAGCCCAACUUAGGGUAAUAAUUUACGUCUCUUUGCUAAAAACUUUAAGUUAUUAGACGCUGCCUUGCUUUGUUUUGCUUUGCUCUGUGAUUGCUCAAGAGUACCAGCAGCCUCUUUCAACCAAUCAGUUGCAAAACCAAAGCCAACGACGGCCUGGUCACUCGAAUUUUAGCACGCUCUUCUCCUUAGCAUUUCCCAUUGGUUCAUAAUUUGUGAUGAGUUUGGUUUUAUCUCACAUUAUUGCUUUCAACAAUUAUAAGGCAUGUUUCCUUUUAUCCGAUUACAGAAAUAUCGCUUAGCAGAAUACAAUAUGUACGUGGCGUUUUCAGCUGCCUCUAAUGUGACUGGAAUCCAAACAAACACUGUUGCUGUGGCUGAACUAUGUCAUAAAUAUGGGGCCUUGUCUUUCUGGGAUUACGCAUCGGCAGGUCCAUAUCUCAAGAUUGACAUGAACCCAACACUCACCGGGUAAGGAAGGACAUCGCUAUUCAUAUCCAUCGAAAUAUUAUCAUGUCGAAAUGACGCUUAUGUCAAUUCUAUAUAGUGAAAACCAAUUCACCUGACCGAACCAAAUCCACAGAUUUUGUUUUUAAUGAUUAUGUGCAGAUUCUACACGUAUUUUUCACAGAGCGCAGACUGUAAUUAUUAUCACAAACCGUUUUGCCGGUUUAAAACCGCUCUUCUGGUUAUUGAUGACACUCUGUGAGUUUUUUCAUGGAGCAAACAAAAUUUCAAUCCACGGUUAGAGGCAACAAUAAUUGUUCAGUUUUGCUAAUUAAAUGAGCAUUACCUCAGAGAAAGCUGUAGCAGCUCUGUUCAGAUUGUGGUGCAAUAAAGGAGCCUCGUCAUUUAGUGAUCGAUGAGGACGAGGGAAAUAGCAACAAACGGAUGCUUUGAUUUCUAUGUCAAUAAAAUUUGAUUUUAAUUCCAGCUUUCAGCCAACGCUUUGCGAAAUAAAUAUGGAUUCAAAGAGUAAUGACUGUUUUUGCUCUUUCAGGUACAAAGACGCCGUCUUUCUUUCUCCUCACAAAUUUGUGGGGGGACCUGGAACUCCAGGUAAAACUAUUCCAUGCAACAACAGUAUCUUGCGUUCGUUGCUCAAGGGGUUACUUGGUAAAAAAAUUAACCAACUGCAUUGUGGGAAACUAAAUGAACUCAACUAUGCCUUGCGAAAAAAAAAAGAUGAUAAAACAAAAUAGGACAGAACUUAGUGCUUGUUGCACCUGACCAGGUUGGUCAUUUUUGCAUACGUAACUCUCCUAAUAGUGAUCGCAAAAUGUCCGUAACAGGCCAUGCCGUAAAACAAGCCCAGACAGGGACAUACAUGAUAAAUUUGAAAACAAAAAUUGUCUAUAUUGAUUCUUGUUUUAUUUUGUAUCGAUCGCUAUUUCACACAAGAAAAAAAUGCUUUCUUUCAGGCUUACUUAUUGCUAAAAAGAGGCUUUUUCGAAAUCCUGUGCCUGGGGGAUGUGGAGGAGGAACAGUCCUCUUUGUAAGUUAACAUGCAUCACGCUCUGUAAAACAUGUCAGUUAAUGUGUAUAUGAUGGUGGUCUGAAAAAAGUGAUUGGAACCUGAUAAAGACGUCAUUAGGCACAGAGAUUAUUUCCAGUUGGUCUUACUUAAUUUUGCGACUCCCCUUGGAUGGAAUGAGUGUACUUUGCAGGUUACCCUCAGGUGUACGUCAGUUUCCCUGUUAACUUGGCAACACCUACUUAUACUCCUUGGUGGAGAGGCCUUGUAACAGUGAAGUAACCUUGGAACACGGUGGCCCGGCUAGGUCUUGCGCCCAGACCUCUCGACAUGAAAUAGCCGUCCAACGCAAACCAUCUUUCACUAGGAAUGCUGCUGGUUACGUGCCUAUUCAUCUUGCCAUUAUACCUCAACAUAUAUCUCUCCUCAAGUAGUUUUGAUACUGGCACAUCUUUUAUCCUCUUUUUAGAGGUUUAUUGCAGUGACUGGUCAGGAAUCAUUCAGCGUUAAUACCAUUUUUCUAUUACUUGAUACAGGUGACACGUGAUACACAUUUAUACUUGAAAGACAUUGAAGAAAGAGAAGAGGGAGGAACACCAGCCAUAGUAGAGUCAGUACGGGCCGGUAUGGUCUUCCAACUUAAAGAGGUACAAUACUGACACUUUUUUCAGUCAAUAACGAAUGGCACGCUCCUCGAAAUUAUCGAGGGUACAGUGUAGGAGCAGUAAACCCGAUAACAUGACGUAGGGACAUGCCGAUCAUUAGUAAUUAACUAGGACGAUACGUUAUACUGCGUCAUAAUGCAUUAUCGAUGCCGUUUACCAAGAUUUCCGCCAAAGCACGAGAUAGCGAGCCAGCCUGAAAACUUAAAGGUCGCUGUGUAUACUUAGAAUGAAAAUUGAGCUAUAGGUUGAAGGUGAAGUUACAGCGCAUAUAAAAGAGGAGGUAGUAAAAUGAGUGGUUACCGGUCGUUUCGUACCCAGCCAGUUGAGUCGUUUCGUACCCAGCCAGUUGAGUCGUUUCGUACCCAGCUCGGUCGCUUCGUACCCAAACUAAUAAACUAUGCUUUCCAUGUUUAAAAUAAGGUCGGUUUCUUAUUGAAAAUAGCAAUAUUACAUGUUUUAACGUGGUGUCCAUUUUUUAAGGGCGAGGUCUAAGAGUCAUACUAUACUUCAUCACAGCAUGUCGUUAUCGCUUUCACUUCAUUUGAUCACGGGUUUGUUGAUGUUUGCGCAUCCUUUCAGUACUUGUUUCAGCAAAAUCUGCUCUCCAUUGGUAAAAACUUAUGUUUUUUAUUUCUUUUCGUUGGAAUAAACGAACUCAUUACCGUUAAUAACAACGGGAGAAAAAAAUACACAACACAACAAUCGACAUCUGUUGACACACUCGCACGCGAGGUAUUUUGAAUAAAUGUAUAUAAGGACGGGAAAGAAUAGAUCAGUGGCUUUGGUACGAACCGAUUCACACUUGGGUUCGAAACAACUAAAUUUGGGUACGAUACUACUGUGUAUGAAACGAAAUUUAAUUUGAAUGAACCGAACAAGCUGCUUUUUUGUUUUGCAGUCUGUGGGGACAAAAACUAUUGAAGACAGAGAGGAAGAGUUAUGCAGGUCGGUAAAAACUAAUUUCGGGUAAAUUGCUCACAAAAUCACGUUCAAUUACUAAAAAGCCCUAUUUGCUUACGCUUUAAUUUUCUACAUAGAAAUGCCUUUCAAGUGUGGGGAAAAAAUCCAAAAAUAACAAUUUUGGGGAAUGAGAAGGCUCGUCGCCUGCCGAUAUUUUCUCUGCUGAUACAUCAUCCUGAUAGUGGAAAGAUUUUGCAUCACAAUUUUGUCUCUGUAUUACUUAACGAUCUUUAUGGCAUCCAGGCUCGCGGAGGAUGCGCGUGCGCAGGGCCCUAUGCACAGGUAUGGUUUACAGAUGAUGAGUAUUCUGUAAAGUAAUCAGACAAAGUAUGCUUUACGCUGGCAAUUGUGCGGUGUUGUGGCUUAGUUUACGCGCCAUUUGUGUGCGCUUGAACACUUUUAUUCAAACUUGUCGUAGAAAUGUAUUCAUUCACGAACGCUCAAAUGAUUACAGACCGAAUUGUACUGUACUCUCAAGGGUGGGUACAAAACUUCUUGACAGGGGUUGGGGGGAGAUCCAAAGGAAACAGCAUAUUGCACUAAAGCCUAGAUAGACAAAGAAAUGUUUCCAAAUAGGUGAAUUUUUACUACCUUAAGUUGAGUUUUAAUGAUCGAUCCAGUCAUUGGAAUGAGGAUCCAACACUGACUUGGUCCUAUAUUGUCAUUAAUAAUUAUAUUUUGUUGUCACUGACCUUCACUCUAAAUAUAUACAGGAUCUUUUGGGAAUAAACGAGACUAUAGCAAAGAAAUUUACCUGGUUUCUUGAGUCUCAUGAAAAGUAAGUCAAUUAAUUCGAGUACCUCUAUGGAGAUCAAUACUGAUAACCCCUUUUACUAACAGAAAAUAAAAUUUUCCAAGAGGACUGAUUUUUGUACAUUGCAUGAGAAAGUUUCACAUGAAGAGGAGAAUCGUUAAUUAUUGAGCUAAUGGCUUUCACAAUUUGGAAUUUAUCGCCUAUAACCGAACGGCCUUUCAAUGUUCAAUGCAUUUUUUGGUCAUUGCACAGAUAAACUCCAGUUCAGUCAAAGUAAGCAUGAACUACUCGCUGAGUAGUAACAACUAACAGUAACAACCCUAUAUACUACAGUAAAAUCAUUAUUUGUUACAACGAAAGACUCUACAGAUUAUGAAAAAUGUUUCACUAAAACGUACGAAUGAUUACUUUCUUGUUUCAGCGAAGAUGUGGAACUCUCAUGUAGAGAACCUCUGGAGAUCAUGAAGUAAGUAGAAUAUCUUUCAUUAUCUUAGAAUAUUCACAGAGAUUAAUAGUCUUCAGCAGUUGAAUUGUCUAGUAAUUUCAUACAUAACUCAGUAUUUUACGCGCUACGCGGUGUUUAUGGCCGAUACACUGACGCGUGACAUGUUUGGUUCAUGCCUCCUAGUAUGAUCAAUAUAAAAAGCUUUCGCAGCCAAUUUUAAUGUUUGAUGGAAACAUGAUUUCAUUGGAACUGGAAAAAAGAUAGUAACUUACACACGUUCCUUACUUAGCCAGUUUAGGAUAAAAAAAAAUGUUACAGCAAAGGGACACUAAGGACUCAAAGAACCAAAUUGUUGUUUUCAGACCAGGGUUUGCCAGAGUCAAUCUGCCUUACUUCAUGGAUGACGAGACAGUGCAUUUUGUGUUGGAAGCAGUGGACAUGAUAGCCACACAUGGCUGGAAAUUGUUACCACAGGUUACUAGUGACUCUUUAGUUCCUAGAGGUGAUUGUAUCUAGCUUCUCCCCUCUUUUAAUACAUCAUCAAGCAAAAGCUGACGAGAAAAAACAAAUGUAUCAGCUAUCAGUUAUUCCUGAUAUGACUUAUGACAUAGAUAUAGAGAUAUCAAAUGAAAUUAAAAAAAAAAAAAAACUUUAGGGGGAUGAACUGUAAGCGUACGAUUUUGUUGACGAUGAUGAAUUUAAUAUUAUUAUUAUUUUUCGAUAUUAACUAUAAUCUAGAUUAAGAGCUAUCUUUACUACCUGUUGCAUAAAAUCCAAAAAUUGUCCAUUGGUACUUCUCCAGUAGUUUGUUUUGCUUUUGUGCUCACGGGUAUAUGCUGGGAGCUGCUGCCAGCUAAGCUGCAGAGUCACAUGCUAAGAGCGAGGUAAAGUUUAGGGAGGCGCCAAGUGUUUCGUUUAUUUCUCUAAGCUUCGAUUGCUACAAUGCUUUGAUUGCAGUUCACCUCGUUACCUCAUUGGAUACUAUAAAAUUGCUCAUAUACUCUUAUCACUCUUAGUACCGGUUUGAUCCACACACUGGCGCCUGGGAAAACAGAUAUUUCAGUGCAGACAAAGCUAAACCACCGUUCAGCCUCCAUGACGUUACUUAUGACGAGAUUGGUGUAGUAAUGAAAAAUACAGGAAAACCACUUGAGCUCGACGUCAGGCUUGAGGUUAGUGCCAUCAAUUCUAAGUCAAUCUUAAGGUAACUGCUAUAAAAUUCGACGUCAAGCUUGAGGUUACCGCGAUCAAAUUCGACGUCGAGCUCGAGGUUAAUACUGUCAAAUUCAACGUCAAGCUUGAGGCUAAUGCUAUCAAAUUCGACGGCAAGCUGGAGGGUAGUGCAAGCAAAUUUGACGUCAAGCUUGAGGUCACUGCUAUCAAAUUCGACGUCAAGCUUGAGGUAAAUGCUAUCAAAUUCGACUUCAAGCUUGAAGUUACUGCCAUUAAAUUCGAUGUCAAACUUGAGGUUAGUGCUUUAGUGCUAUCAAAUUUCUUUUCUUGCAUGAUAGUUUCUGCCGAUUCGGGUCCAAAGUUUGAGUCAGUAACCAAGGAAACAUUGGUGAGGGGGGAAGGGAUUGAUGUUAGAAGGGCGUCGGUUUCAUAGGUCUCUCAGUUCCGCAAAAGCUAAUUUUGGUUUCAAACGGAUAGUCAGUCUGUGUCUUAAGACAUCAGUUUCCAACCUGUAAGUUCUCGUUAGCGAAUUCUCUUUUCAUUUCAGCAAGAGCUAAAGUUGACAAGUUAACGGUUGGUCGCCGGUUUUGCUCGUGUUUCCCAAAAACCAUGUUUAUUAUGUUGAUUGUUGCUUAUUUCUUAUAAUGAAUUUUCAGGACAUAGCUCAAGCAGCAAGCAAAAUCUUAAAAGACGCAGUUGAAUUGAAUAAGGUUUGUUAAUUAGCGACGCCAACUAUCCGAUAAAAACAAUGAGCACAGCAAACGUUUUAGUUCUCAACAGAAGCCUGUAACAGCAUCUAGUUUCAAAUAUAGGGUCACCCACCUGAGAGGAAGCUCUUUUCAGCUUAUGAACUACCUCGGUGAUUGCAUCGCAGUGAACGGGGCCAAUACUUUGUUUGAUCAUGUGGAUGAAAUUUGUAGAGGAUUUAACAGGCAUCUCGAAUGGCUAUUCUCCCAAAAUACUCCCCACCACCAACAAUUACUCUUUUCCCGAAAGUAAGAAUUGAAAAAAAAAACAUUCAAAACGUUGUUUCGCUGAAAACUGCAACAGUUAUAAUACGUCUGUGGGUAACGAUAAAUGCUUCAUGAAUAACCCGGAUCUUCGAAGGAAAAAACGAAACUUAUCGCUAUGAAUUGCGUGCCUUUAGUGAGCUUGUGCCUGACAGGACGAAGGAAGAAAAUCCUGUCAUUACUUGGUCAGUACGACCAGGCCUCAGCUUUGAAAGAUAGUCAUCCUGAGGAACACACAUUUUGUCUAUUUAUAAGAAAAGUAACUACGACGACAUCAAUAAAACAAAAACAUUUUUGAUUAUCCAGAGGAAGUUGUCAGAUUCAAAAUGUUCUGGCUUUAAAAGAACUCUUCAUCAAGGUCAAGGACAUGUAUAUUAAGCUUAUCCAUACCCAGUGUUUUCCCUUACCUUACUACGUUCAUUUAUCUGACUUUAUACCGCAGGAAAUAAACACCCUCGACGACGAAAGGGUAGAGUUCAAGGACGAUAAAAACCAGUUAAUCUGGUUUUUGCAACCCCAGGAGGCACAGUUUUACUUGGCGGCCGAGACAUUGAAGCACAAACCCAACACAUUUGUGAGAACAAGACUUCCAUUUAAGCCACGAAAAUCCUCGAGAGCCACGAGAAGGUGGCCAGAGAUUAAAGAAAUUCAAGAGUACCUUAAAAAACUAAAGGAGUUAGAAGUUGGCGAGGAAGGUAAUGUUCUCUUUCAAGUAAAAAACAGUUUGAAAAUACUGCCAAAAUUUGUCGUGGAUUGGAAUAUGGAAAUGGUAAUCGUAGUUUAAAGUUCUUAAAUGAUCUAGUAAGCAUGUGGGCUUGCAACAUUUCUUGGAUUUGAAAUACUUUCUUUUUUAUUGCAAUUAAGUGCAAGAUUCGAUAAAUCGUUUUAAUUUAAGGACCAUAUAUUUACUUGUUCAUUUCAGAUAUUCCUCAGUUGCCAACGGUUAAUAAUAACACUACGGCUAUGAACAAAAAAAUAGACGGCGACCAUCGCUUUAUCAUCCCGCGUGAGGUUUGGAAACCACAAGGGAAGUCUGAAGAGUUAAUUGCGAUAGGCAAAAAGCGAUCAAAAGUUUGUUGUAUACAAUGACAGUUAUUUCCUACCGGAAGCGCCACCACUUUAUUGGUCUAUGGAGCGGAAACGUAGGUAGAACAUGACAAGAAUGUAGACGGUAUUUAUGUCUGAUUUGUUUUGUGCCCUUUUUAUUAACAUAUAGAUAUUUAGUAGCUAUAUUGCAGAGGUUAUCACGGUGUGGUUGAAUUUAUUUAAGCUCGUGACCCGCUCGGCC